AUGGUUCAUUUAAUUUGGCCAUAUCCAGACACCCCAAUUCAAGGUAUUUGGGGUAAUGUUACUGCUACGAUCGAUUGGUGUGAAGAAAAUUAUGUCGUUAGUAAAUAUAUAGCCGAAUGGUCAAACACCUUAUCAAAUAUUACUUAUUUCAUUACUGCUUUAUAUGCUACUUAUAGUGCCUACAAGAACAACUUAGAGAGAAGAUUCAUUCUAAUUGGCAUUGGAUUCGCUAUCGUUGGAUUUGGUUCGUGGUUGUUUCAUAUGACUUUGCUUUACCAUUUUCAGCUACUAGACGAGUUGCCAAUGAUUUAUGCGACUACUAUUCCAACUUGGAGUAUGGUUUGCGAAUUCUAUGAAUGCAAACAUAUGAAGGACAGAGACUUUAAAAGGUUUUCAACAAAGAUUCAAUGGUAUGUAGGAUCAAUCAUCACAUUGGCAUCGCUGGUAAUCACAGUAGUCUAUGUCAUUAUUAGAAACCCGCUAAUCCAUGAAUUUGCUUAUGCUUUUUUCACUGGGUUGGUGGUGAUAUUUGCAGGUUUAUUAUGUCACAGUUACGUUUCCGAUCCAAGAUCAAAGAGAAAUUUAACCUACUGUAUGGGCCUAGGUAUCGUUUUAUUCGCUACAGGUUUCGUUGCUUGGCAAUUGGAUGUUAAUUUCUGUCCAUUUUGGACAAAUAUAAGAAGGUCGUAUUUACAGUUACCAUUGGGUGUCUUCUUGGAGCUACAUGCUUGGUGGCAUGUAUUUACAGGUCUCGGUGUAUAUUAUUACGUCAUCUUCCUUCAAUAUUUAAGAAUCAUCACGAGUAACUCCCAGGAUAGGUUUCAGUUCAUUUGGAGAUGGAAAAUCAUUCCGGAAGUAAUCAAUAAGGACAAUGCAAUCAACACACCAUACUCAUUGGAGUUCUUGGGAAAUUACGUGGAUCCAGCCGAAUUCUCUGAAGAAACACAAACUUAA